AUGCCCUCUGCCAAUGGCAGGCGGUCAGUCUCGUCUGACCAUGGACGUCCGCGACCUUCGAUGGCCAACAUCGAGACAGAAGCCAACUUCGAGACCACUACUAUGAAUUCUGCGCAACCACGAUCAUGGCAUACCAACUUCGUCUUUGUUUCUCGCAAAUUGAUUCAGCAGAUUCUCGGAAAAAAUCCGUUCAAGAGCUCAUAUCUGGAUCUAUACAAAAUUGUCAACGACGCACAGUCGAGAGCAAUCGUAUGUGCCGGCAUCCUCUUCGCGAUAGCUGCCGGUACUCCACUGCCCAUUAUUGGUUACAUCUUUGGCCAGAUUAUCACAUCGUUCCCACCUCCGGAAGACGUCCUGCGCACCAGGCUAUACGAACUCAUUGGUGUAGCUUGCGGUUAUUUCCUCGUCACGACUGGCUACGCAAUCGCAUGGGGCUUGACUGGAGAAAGAAUCUCACGUCGCUUUCGAGAAGUCCUUGUUGAGCGCCUGCUUGGUCUCGAGCAAGCCUACUUCGAUGUCAACGAUCCGGAUGUUACGAACCUCCUGACCGAGAAAAUUGAGUCGAUACAGAUUGGAACAUCCGAGAAAGUCGGCAUCUUCAUCCAGUCAAUCAGCUAUUUUAUUGCUGCCUUUGUUGUUGGGUUCAUCUUGAACGCCAAACUCACUGGAAUCUUGUUUGCCGCUGUCAUACCUGUGAUGAGUCUGAUCCUUGUCUUCGGUUCCUCCAGAGUUGCGAAGUAUACGAAAGCAGCCACUCAGUAUAGCGAAGCUGCUGGAAGGAUCGCCGAAAGCGCUAUUCAUGCUGUCAAGGUUGUGCAAGCUUUUGGAAUGGCAGAUAAUCUCAGCAAAGAACACUAUCGCCUGCUCAAAUUGUCUGCAAGAUACGCUGUUCGAAAAUCCGUCUCUGCUGCGCUUAUGCUUGGCAUGGUCUACUUUACCGCUUACAGUGCUAAUGCACUUGCUUUCUGGGAAGGCUCACGGAUAGCCGCAGAAUCGGGUACAAACAAUGCUGGUACUGUGUAUGCCGUGGUCUUCCUGAUCAUAGAUGCGUCAUUCGUCGUUGGCCAAUUUGGCCCUUUCUUAGGUUGUUUUGCUAGUGCCGCAGCUUCUGGAGAAAGCAUCUUCAAGAUUCUCAACCAGCCACAAUCAGAGAUCAAUAUCUAUUCCGAGAGUGGACAAGAAGCCACCGAGGAUGAUAUGAGAGCUGAUUUGGUCUUUCGAGGAGUUACGUUCGUGUAUCCUGCUAGAACAUCAGCUCGCGCCCUGGACGAAUUGAAUCUGACUCUCAAAGCCGGGCAAAUGAACGCCAUUGUUGGUACAAGUGGCUGCGGCAAGAGUACUCUUGUGUCCUUACUAUUACGACUGUACGACAUAUCAUCUGGCCAAUUGACGAUAGGAGAUCAUAACAUCAAAGACUUCAACGUGAGAAGUCUGAGGAGAUACACGGCAUUGGUCGAUCAAGAUUCUGUUCUGUUCUCUGGUUCGGUUCUUGAUAACAUCAGUUACGGACUGGGUGAACAUACACUAUCGGAGGAAGUCGUUCUGGAGAGGUGUACCGAGGCUGCCAAAGCUGCUAACCUGGACUUCGUCAACUUCUUGCCUCAGGGCAUUCACACUCGUAUUGGUAAUGGCGGCUACACUCAGCUAUCAGGCGGACAAACUCAGAGAAUCUGCUUGGCUAGAGCCCUGGUCAAGAAACCUGCCUUGCUUCUGCUUGAUGAGCCGACAGCGGCUCUUGACGCGAAUAGCGAGAGACUUAUCAUGAAUGCUGUCAAAAGUGUGGCCGCAUCUGGUACAACAGUGGUCAUGGUAGCACAUCGACUCUCUACUGUGUCCGACUCGCCCAACAUUGUGCUUAUGGGUGCGGGUAAGGUCAUCGAACAAGGCAAUCAUGACGAACUCAUGCAACUGGGAGGCGCCUACAACAACCUCAUCAACGCUCAACAACUCAAUGACUCGGACGAAUCAUCUGGAGAGAUUUCACCAGCAUCCGCUAGUCAGACCAUCAAACGAAAAGUCUCUCAAUCCAAGGACACGUCCGCAUCGAGCGAAUCCACUAUGCUAUCUCCAGAGGCUGGUUUCUGGAGACUCCUACUGAGGUGCCUUCGCCUGGCCGAACCUGACUCUCCCAUCAUCGCCUUGGGCCUUGCUGGCUCGAUUAUAUCAGGUGGCAUCAUCCUUGGCGAAGCUAUCGUCUUUGGCAACCUCAUCUCUGUCUUGAACAACCUAGACAGUCCGAACUUCCGCGACAGAGCAGACUUCUUCUCUCUCAUGUUCUUUGUCCUAGCACUAAUUGCUUUCUUCUCAUACUCUGGUAAUGGAUGCUGCUUUGGCAUCGUAUCCUCACAUUUCGUGGCCAAGAUUCAACAUAUCUCCCUCACCAGCAUCUUGCGACAGGAUAUGCAGUGGUUCUCAGGACGGUCAGUCUCGUCACUCAUGACUAGUCUCAACUCGGAUGCAGGUCAACUGGCUUGCUUGUCUGGAGUAGCUAUCGGUACCAUCUUUACAGUAUGCGUAUCAGUCACUGGCGGUAUCAUCCUUGCCCAUGUGGUGGCUUGGAAAAUUGCUGUUGUCCUGCUAGCUGCUGUUCCUGUCAUGAUAACGGCUGGCUACGUCAGACUACGUGUACUCGCCCUUGCAGAAAACAGACACAGGUCUGCAUACAAUGAUGCUGCCUCCAUUGCCGCCGAAGCAUGCCGAGUGAAAGAACCAUACGACAAGGGAGUUCGCUUCACUCUGAUAACAAACACCUUGCUCGCCUUGAGCUUCUCGAUUACCUACUUCGUUUAUGCUCUUGCUUACUGGUGGGGAGCCCGACAAGUGAGGAACGGCAGCUACAGUGAACGGGAUUUCUUUAUUGUUCUACCUGCUCUUCUUUUCUCUGCACAGAGUGCUGGUCAGAUUUUCAGUCUGUCUCCGGAGAUGUCGCGAGCUGGAGUGGCUGCUCGCAAUGUUUUUGGACUGCACGAUCAGCAGCCAACUAUUGUAGAUGGCAACACAAAGCAGUCUGGAACGUCAACGGGCUCAGGCAGUUCUGUACCAACUCUGGGGGAAAAACCAGAUAUUUCUUCUGGUGGCUGGAUUGAGUUUAAGGACGUCAGUCUGUGCUAUCCAUCCAAGCCACAUCACCCAGCACUGCAGAACGUCAACAUCUCUGUCAAACCUGGCGAAUUCAUCGCACUUGUUGGUCCCAGUGGAGCAGGCAAGUCUACUAUUGUUUCGCUUUUACAACGCUUCUACGAUCCCACCACUGGCAGCGUGCAGCUCGACGGGCAGGACAUCCGUGAGGUCGCCGUAUCACAACACAGAGGUAGAUUGGGGCUGGUACCUCAAGAGCCCGACCUCUUCCCUGGCUCCAUCUCAUACAAUAUCGGUUUGGGUGCAGCACCAGGCCAGUCAGUGACACAGGCCGACAUCGAAGAGAUUUGCGCCAAAUGUGGAAUUCACGAGUUCAUUAUGAGUUUGCCAGAAGGCUAUAGCACAGAGUGCGGCACCAAUGGCUCAAAGCUUUCUGGUGGUCAGAAGCAGCGCGUUGCUGUAGCUAGAGCACUGAUCAGAUCGCCGGAAGUGCUUCUCCUGGAUGAGUAUACUUCUGCCCUGGAUGCUCAUUCUGAGCAACAGAUCAAAGAGGCUGUUGACGGGGCCAGUGUGGGUAGAACUACGAUUGUGGUUGCACAUAGACUGUCCACGGUGCAGCACGCCGACAGGAUUUUCGUAUUUGACGACGGGCGUGUCUUGGAAGUCGGGAGCCAUGCUGAGCUGGUUGCUCAGGGAGGCUUGUACGCGAGUAUGGUCAAGGCACAAACACUGGCUUAG